CCCAUGAAUGUUACCCCUUAUACGUAACUUAGCGUACUAAAUUUGAAACUAUGGUUAUGGAGGAAACUGAAAAUUUAAUAAUUUUAAAAGAUACAAAAGGUACUCCUGAUAUUGUUCAGGAAUAUUCUCCACAACUACGUGAUUCAGGUGCAGCGAUUGUUAUCGAUAAUGGAUCAUACCAAUGCCGGGUUGGUUGGGCCUCAUAUCAAGAACCUAGUUUAAUAUUUAAAAAUGUUGUUGCAAAACCGAGAAAAGAUCGGAGUAAAAAAGACGUUCCGGAAGUACCACAAACACCGGUUACACAAGUUGGUAACGAUAUUACAAAUAUUGAGGCGGUACGAUUUCAAUUGAAAACACAAUUCGAUCGUAAUAUUGUUACACAUUUUGAGGCACAAGAACAAAUUUUGGAUUAUGUAUUUUGUAAAUUGGGUAUAAAUACGGAAAAUUGUGUUCAACAUCCGAUUGUAAUGACUGAAGCAUUUUUAAAUCCGAACUAUUGCAGACAGUUGAUGUCUGAAUUAUUAUUCGAAUGCUACAAUAUACCGGGUGUUACGUAUGGAAUUGACGCAAAUUUUAGUUGUUAUCAAAAUAAAAUCGAUGAUACUUGUCUAAUAAUUAAUUGUGGAUAUCAUACAACGCAUAUAGUCCCAGUUGUCGAUGGUAACAUAAUCGCCGAUAAAGUUCGUCGAAUUAAUGUCGGUGGUUUUCAUAUUGCAUCAUUUUUACAUCGAUUACUUCAAUUAAAAUACCCUGUACAUGGUGCAGCGAUUACUCUAAGUCGUAUCGAAGAAAUUUUACACAAUUACUGUUUCAUAGCCUGCGAUUAUUUGGCUGAUUUAAAAUUAUGGAUGGACAUGGAUUAUUACGAUGCGAAUGUCAAGAAAAUUCAAUUACCUUUUACUGCACCCGUAAUCACGCCAGGUUUAACGCAAGAGCAACAGAAAGAACGUAAAAAGGAAUUAGCACGACGUUUAAUGGAAAUAAAUGCCCGUAAACGUGAGGAACGUUUAGCUGAAGACGAAGAAUUAUUAGAACAAUUAUUAAAUGUCCAAGAUAUGUAUGAAGAUGGUAACGAGGAUGAAUAUCGUCAAGCUUUAGAUUCACACGAGCUACAAAAUACCGAAGAUUUAUUAAAAACAAUUAAUUUAGUAUCCCAACGGAUAGAAAGGACCAAACAGAAAAUUGUUGCGGCAAAUACAGUAGAUGAUAAUUUGGAUGAGAAAACUCGAACCUCGAAUGUAGGUAAUUUGGGUCCUAGUACGAGUAAAUCUGGACUACAACAACAGCCAAUGGAAAGUGAAGACAUAACAGCGUGGUUAAAUGGGAUUAAGAAAAAGAGACAAGAUAUUUUAGAAAAGAAAUCGGCUAGAAAACAACGACGACAAGAUAUGGCGAAACGACGAACAGUUGCUGCACAAGAACGUAUGCGAAUUAUAUCACAACUUGCACGAAAUGAAAAAGGAAAUGAUGAUUUUGGUAUGAGAGAUGAAGAUUGGGAUGUGUAUAAAACUAUAAGUCGAGAUGCAGGUGAUUCAGACAGUGAAGCAGAAACAGAACGAUUAUUAGAAUUAGAAGAAAUAAUUCGACAACAUGAGCCGAAUAAUGCAAAUGGUGAAAAUCAAUCAGCUGAAGCCCAUCAAUUACAUUUGGGCGUUGAAUUAUUACGUGUACCUGAGCUAUUAUUUCAACCGUCAAUGAUCGGUUUAACUGAAGCUGGUAUUGCAGAAACCGUUGAUUACGUCUUCAAAUUAUUUGAUCCAGCAACACAAUUACUUUUAGCUAAUAACGUAUUUUUAACUGGAGGUUGCGCCUGUUUUCCCGGUAUUCGAGAACGAUUACAACGAGAAUUACGUGAAAUGCGACCAUUUGAAACAAAAUUUAAUGUACAUAUAGCCAACAAACCAAAUUUAGAUGCAUGGUAUGGUGCUAGAAGUUGGGCUUCGUCAUCUGAAUUACCGUCGGUAUUAGUAACACGAGCUGAAUACGAUGAAAAAGGUGGUGAAUACCUGAAGAAACAUUUUGCGGCGAAUAGUUAUUUUCCAACACCAGAAGUUGUUGUUGGUACAAGUACUAUGGAAGUGCCAAUUAUGAUGGAAGAAGUUUAAACGUAAAGAUGCCAAUUUUUUAAAAUUAUUAUU